CUUAAAUUCGCUAAACAAAACCCACAGCAAAAGCCUCAGUUAAACAAUAACAAAACGGAACAAGUUUUGUGACUUAAACAACAAUUUAAGAAUUUAAAUAACAAUAAAUAAAAUUGUUAAACAGUAAUAUUAUUAAGAAAAUAAGUGAAAUUGGAAAAAACCCCCAUAAAAAAUAUGGUAAAAUGUAAAAAUUCUAGCUCGUUGGGUCCCAUAUCACGAAAUAUUAUAUGUUUGACAUUGGGUCUAUUAAUCGGCAUAAGAUUGACAACAUUUUGGUAUGAUUUACAAGAAGGUGAUGUUGAUGAAUUUUUGGCAGAUGCUGUUGAAACAACAACAAUAACAACAACACCUUCCUCAUCACCAUCUCUACAGGAAUAUGAACAAUUGUCACAACAAUUGUUUAAUAACACCCGAGUUCUAUGUUGGAUAAUGACCAGUCCCAAAAAUCAUCACCACAAAGCCAUACAUAUCCGUCAAACGUGGGGUACACGUUGCAAUAAACUAUUAUUUAUGAGCACAGAGCGUGAUGAAGAAUUGCCAAGUGUUAAAUUGGAUGAUGUUGAGGAAGGCCGUCAUAAUCUUUGGAAUAAAACCAAAAAGGCCUUGAAAUAUAUUUAUGAUCAUCAUUUUGACGAUGCUGAAUGGUUUUUAAAGGCUGAUGAUGAUACCUAUGUUAUUAUGGAAAAUUUACGCUAUUUCUUAUAUCCGUAUUCCCCAGAAACUGCCAUUUAUUUUGGAGCUAAAUUCAAGCCCUAUAUAAAACAAUUUUCCCAGGGUUAUAUGUCCGGUGGUGCCGGCUAUGUUUUAAGUAAAGAGGCCCUCCGCAAAUUCGCCUUAGAAGCCUAUGAUAAUCCUCUUAACUGCCCGAAAUUAUUUCAAUCUGAAGAUGUACAAUUGGGUUUUUGUAUGGAAAAUCUUAAUGUUAUAGCUGGCGACUCUCGCGAUGAGCAGGGUUAUGAACGUUUUAUGCCGCUGGCCGUUAGGCAUUUAAUACCAAAAGAUACUUCGUAUUGGUAUCAAAAUUAUGCCUAUUAUCCUCCGAAACAGAAUGGUAGCUGUUGUUCACCUAAUGCUGUAUCAUUUCAUUAUAUAAAACCUAAUGAGUUUUAUGUUUUAGAUUAUUUAAUUUAUACUUUAAGAGCUUUUGGAGUUUUGGGUAAUUUUAGGCAUAGUUUACCCGAGAAAUUAAAUGGAGCUGAAGGCGUAAACAUAACGGCUAGAUAAGUUUAGGUUAUAAGUUAAAUUUUGUGUAAAUAUUUCUAUAGUUUUUAAGGUUUUCUAUACAAUUUAAGAACCGGGCGGUUAGUUUGUAUGUCUCCGACGCGAAAGAAAAAGCUUUCGAAAUUCAAUGUUUAAACAGAGUAUUUGAACUCCAUAUUAGGAUUCGGAAGAAGAAGGUUUUGAAAUUUAAUAUUUAACAGAGAAUUCGAAUGUUUUUGUUUUUGAAACGAGUUAAGGAGGAACAACGUUUUUGGUUUCGAAAGUUUUGGGUUUUAAAACGAGUUACGAAGCAACUCUGUAUUUGGAUUCGAAAAAAAAAACUUUUGAAAUUCAAUAUUUAAACAGAUUAUUUGAACGUUCUAGAAUUGAAACAAAUUACGGAGCAACUCCGUAUUAGGAUUCGGAAGAAAAAGCUUUUGAAAUUCAAUGUUUAAACAGAGGAUUCGAAAGUUUUAAGAGGAACAAAGUAUUUGGAUUCGAAAGGAAAAACUUUUAAAAUUCAAUGUUUAAAUGGAGGAUACAAAAUUUCUUAGGCUUGAAAUGAGUUACGGGACAACUCCGUAUUAAGAUUCGGAAGAAAAAGCUUCUGAAAUGUUUAACAGAAAAAUCGAAAAUUUUUGUUUUUGAAUCGAGUUAAGGAGCAACAAAGUAUUUGGGUUCGAAAGGAAAAACUUUUGAAAUUCAAUGUUUAAACAGAGGAUUCGAAAGUUUUUUGUUUUUGAAUCGAGUUAAUUGGAUUCGAACGGAAAAACUUUUGAAAUUAAGCAGAGAAUUCGAAAGUUCUUAAGAUUCGGAAGAAAAACUUUCUGAAAUGCAAUGCUUAACAGAUAAUUCGAAAGUUUUUGUUUUUGAAACAAGUUAAGGAGCAAGUAUUUGGAUUCGAAAGGAAUAACUUUUGAAAUUCAAUGUUUAAAUAGAGGAUUCAAAAGUUUUUGGAGUUCAAACGAGUUACCCAACAACUCCGUAUUAGGAUUCGGAAGAAAAAGCUUUUGAAAUCCAAUGUUUAAACAGAGGAUUCGAAAGUUUUUGUCUUUGAAUCGAGUUAAGGAGCAACAAAGUAUUUGGAUUCGAAAGGAAAAACUUUUGAAAUUCAAUGUUUAAGCAGAGAAUUCGAAAGUUCUUAAGAUUCGGAAGAAAAACUUUCUGAUAUUCAAUGCUUAACAGAUAAUUUGAAAGUUUUUGUUUUUGAAAAACUUUUGAAAUUCAAUGUUUAAAUAGGUGACUCAAAUGUUCUUGGCCUUGAAACGAGUUACGGAAGAACUCCGUAUUUGGAUUCAGAAGUAAAAAGCUUUUGAAAUUCUGUCUUAAAAGAACUUUCAAAAGGAGCAACAAAAUAUUUGAAUUCGAAAGGAAUAACUUUUGAAAUUUAAUGUUUAAAUAGAGAAUACGAAAGUUCUUGGUUUUAAAACGAGUAACGGAGCAACUUCGUAUUUGAAUUCGGAAGAAAAAGCUUUCAAACUUUAAUGUUCGACAGACAAUUCGAAAGUUUCAGAAGUUUUGCAUUGUACUGAAAGAAAUUUAUUUAAAUAAGACAUUAUUUUUAAAGUAUUAAGUUUCUUUAUUGAUUUUUAAUUCAGAUUUGUCAUUAUAAAUUUUAA